AUGAGCGCGCGCAAGGGCGCGCCGGGCGGCGGGGGCGCGGGCGCGGGGUGUCGGUGCCCCGUGGGCGGGGUGGCGCCGUGCCCGGCGCUGUGCCCGGCGCUGUGCCUGGCGCUGUCGGUGGGCUCGCUGGCCUGCUGCCUGCUGCUCAGCGGCCGCGCCUCCGACCUGCAGGCCCGGGUGGCCGCCCUGGAGCGGACACUGCGCGACCCAGGACAGCCCGGACCCUCGGCCCCCGCGCUGCAGCCCCACCUGGAGCGGCUCCUCAAGGAGAAAUUGGGCGAAAGACUAAGCAAACUUCGGAUGGUGCGGGAAGCUCCCUCUGAAUGCAUCUGCCCUCCAGGGCCCCCAGGGAGGCGUGGAAAACCUGGACGACGGGGAGAUCCUGGUCCUGCAGGACCUCUUGGAUUGGAUGGCAAACCUGGGUUGCCAGGGCUGAAAGGAGAAAAGGGAGAACAAGGAGAUUUUGGUCCACGGGGAGAUCAAGGCCACGCAGGAGCCAUCGGCCCACCUGGCCCUCCAGGACCCCCCGGUGCCAGGGGACCCCCCGGAGACACGGGAAAGGAUGGCCCUAGGGGACCCCAGGGCCCUGCGGGCUUAAAGGGAGAGGCUGGACAAGAUGGAAUAAUGGGGCUGAGAGGACCUCCAGGGCUAACGGGUGAACCUGGUGUUACAGGAACAAAGGGAGAUGACGGAACACCCGGUCAGCCAGGUCUUAAGGGGCCCGUCGGACCUAAGGGAGAGCCAGGAAGCGUGGGUCCCACGGGAGAGAAUGGAGUUGUUGGAUUGCCAGGAGCUAAGGGGGAGCCUGGUGAGAGAGGAGGAGAUGGACCCACUGGGGCGAGGGGUCCAGCUGGCGUGAAAGGAGAGCAGGGUGACACUAUAGUUAUCGACUUCGAUGGGAAAAUUUUGAAUGACCUGAAGGGUCCUCCUGGCCCACCUGGUCCUCAAGGAAUCCCUGGAGCAAAGGGUGAGCUUGGAUUACCCGGUCCUCCUGGAGUUGACGGAGAAAAGGGUCCCAAAGGAUCAAAGGGUGACCAGGGCAGCCCUGGGUUGACGGGACAGAAAGGAGAAAUCGGAGAGAUGGGACUGUCCGGUCCCCCGGGAAUCGAUGGACCAAAAGGAGAAAAAGGAGAAUCUGGGGCUUCCAGUCUCCAGGAGAGUCUGGCACAGAUCAUACCUGAACCAGGACCCCCUGGACUGCCUGGACCCCCAGGCCCUAUGGGUCUCCAAGGAAUCCAGGGUCCCAAGGGGCUGGACGGUGCAAAGGGAGAGAAAGGGGAAAGUGGAGAGAGAGGAGGAAAAGGUUUCAUCGGCCCACCAGGACCAGCUGGGCCUCCAGGACUUAUUGGGCUGCCAGGUACCAAAGGAGAAAAGGUAAAAUUCCCCCGGAGACCAGCUGACUGA